CCCACACCUUUCCAGCACCUUCUACACCAAUCCCAGAAUUAUAAAUACACCAUUCCUCCCAAUAUUCUUCAUCAACAACACCAAACAUUCCAAAACCAACAAACACACGUGUAUUAUAUAAAGCAAGCAAGGAUGAAGGCGGUGGUCGACAAGAAACAGGACAAAGUGGUGAUCGCAGCGGAGUGCGGCGCCGACGAAGGGCGGAAGCACUUGGAGAAGGUUGAGCUGCGGACGCACGAUGCCGAGACGGUGAAGUACGUGGAGAGGAAGAUGUCCGACAAGGGUGUGGGGAGGCUGGACCGCCAUCCGGCCGAUGGGCUGCCGCUGAAGCACCAGCCCAAGAAAGGCCACGGCGGCAAGUACACGUGGGAGGGCCCACAGAGGGAGUUUGAGGCCGAGCAGGAGGCUGAGCCCGCGAUUGACCACAAGGAUCCCAACUACGUGGAGGAGGAUGCGGGCGAUGAGAUGGUGGUGGGAGAGGUGGAGACGCCUAAGCUGGCGGAGGAAGGGGUGGCGCGUCUUCAAGUUGAUCCUCGCUUGAAUAUUAAUUAACUAGAAUAACGGUCUAGUCCUGAGUUAACUUUUGAAUGUGAAUUUCUGUCCCAGUUUGUUUCCAAGAAAUUGCUGUAAUAUGCUGUGUUUUUUCAUAUAUAAACGGCACGGCCAAGCUUUAUCAAA